AUUGACAGUUACUGUGGCGUCGUUCUCGUCCUAUGGAGCAAUGAACUGAAGGUAGAACAAAAGAACCUAAACAAACCUUUGAAUUAUCUCAGGAUAGUGGUUGAGGUGAAAUAAAAUGAAGCCUGAAGAUGCGCCCAAAGACGAAGAAGAAGAUAAAGCGGAGCCAGAAAAUGAACCCCUCGUCGCCGGGGACGUUAUCGGCGACACUGCUUAUAGCGAGCGAUUUGUUUUAAAAAUCCUGCUAAAACUAGCAAAUUUGGACACUUUGAAAGAAGAAAUCAAGGAAAAAUCUUUUGAAGAUGAUCUUUGCACGCUGUGGGACAUGACGGCGGAGCGAGAUGUGGUUUUAUUCCUCCAGAAACACGACAUCUUAAAACUCUUCUAUUUCGCUUUGCCCGUUAUAGAAUCUCCGCGUAUUAUAGAGAUAAUUGUCGGUAUUAUAGGAAAUUUAUCAUGCCAUAGAAACGUCGUGUCAGAUCUGAUGAAAAUGGAUAAUUUUUUGGAGUUACUCCUCGAUUACAUGAAGAGUGAUGACAGUCUGGUUCUGAUACAAGUGCUGCGCCUCGUAAACUCGAGCUUGUUCCUCGCGCCCGACGCUCACGUCGCUACUUUGAUGGAUAUUUUCCAAAAGACAGACUAUUCUAGCACUCUAUAUUUCAUGUUAAAGAAUUCUUCAAGCAAAGAACUGCUUCUGACAGCAAUAGAGAAUUUUAAUACACUAUGCUCAUACUGUAACACAGAGAAAACUAGAUCGCUUUUCUUUACGAACUUCUUGAAGAAGGAAGCUAUCGAGUCUCUGGUAGCAGGUUUUACUGAGAUUAUUGUGAAUCAGAAAGAUUCCUGUGAGCAGGAUGAACUGGAAAGAGUGCUCGUCAUUACAUUUCAAAUAGUUCUCAAUUUAGUAGGUUUUGACAAGUCUCAGGACAUUUACAUAGAGUGUGCUGAGGACGUCGCUAACAUGAUACACCAAGCUUUAUGCUACUACGAGAGGAAGUUGAUUAAUCUCAAAGAAAUAGACUCCGAUGUCAUAGAUAUAAUUGACUCUUGUAUAACUAUAAUCAAUGUACUGAAAAUCACUUGUGACCCCACUAAAUACUUCAAGCCGUGCUACAGAAUGUGGCGGGCAGUAAGUUUAAUAUUAAAAAACACGAAGAAUGGUAACAGUUUUGAGCAAGACGACAGGGAAGAGUUGACAGCGUACACAAAAAACAUUGUCAAUCCGUUGAGUACACUUAUUUGUGUUUACUUGAAAAGUUGCACUGAAGAGGAGUUGUUGAAGAUCCUAGAUGACCUCGGUGAGGAGUAUGAGAGGAUAGUGGGUGCCGUGAAAGACAAGGAGGUUCAAGCUGAAGUCAGUAAAAGAACAGAAAACUACAGAACCAGGUUAAAGGACAAUGUAGACUCGUAAUAAAUAUUUGAUUAUA